AUGUCUCGACUAGGACAGCUGGUGCUCCUGGCUCUUGCGCUGAGCGCCGCCGGCGCUUACGCGGCCGUCAGGAACCUCGCCAUCCCUUCGAGGCCGCGGCUCAGCGGAAGGAUAGUCGGCGGGGCGCCCGCCAACAUCACGCAGUACCCCUGGCAGCUCUACUUUAUCACCGGCGGCUACGUGCACACCGUCAAAUUGGCCAGACGGCACGACUACUACAAUGGCCACGACUACGACAUCGGCGUGCUGAGCGUGUUAGAGCACUUCGUCUUCGGUCCCGGAGUGCAGGUCAUAACCGUCAGCUGGAACGAGACAGCAGUAGGGAGCCCCGCCACGGUCGCCGGCUGGGGCGCCUCCUCUUCUGACGGCAGCCUCCCCUCUGAACUCCGGGCCAUCAAUAUCGAAAUCAUAGACACCGCCAUGUGCAAUGCCACCUACGGCAAUCUCACCAGACACAUGAUCUGUGCCGGAGUGAGUGAAGGCGGCAAGGACGUUUGCGUGGGCGACGAGGGCAGUCCUCUGAUGUCCGGUUCAACGCAGGUUGGAAUCGUCUCCGCGAGCAGCGGGUGUGGACUACCCGGUUAUCCUGGCAUCUACACCUAUAUUUUCCCUUUGCGCUACUGGAUUCAUGAGAAUGCUGGAGUCUAA